AUGUUUGGACUAAGAACCAAAAAACAAAUCACAACCAAGUUUUCACCUUUCUUCCUUCUGUUUGGAACUGAGGCUCGAUAUCCUUCUGAGGUGCCUGAAGACUACGAGAUAGACAGCAGUGUGGAGAAGACUGUGAAGCAAGAGGUGGUGUCAGAGGCCAUCGACAGGCAGGAGUCACUAUUUAAUGUGGUACGCCAAAAUAUUAAAAAGGCUCAAGAUGCCUACAAAACACCAAAAUCAGAGAAAAAGGCCUCUUUUAAUGUAGGAGAAGAGGUCCUUCGAAAAAACAUCAGGAGCCAGCAGAGAAAGGGAGGGAAGUUGGACCCAAAUUGGACCGGGCCAUUUACAAUUGUGGCCAUACAUGAUAAGAGUGCAGACCUACAAUCAGAAACACAAUUCAUUCCAAAAGUAAACAUUGAUCACCUCCAGCCUUUUAAAGCACAGCAGCCAAGAAUCCCCCAUCAAAUAAAAUCCCAGAGGGUGCAAUUAGCAACAACCCCACCACCAGCAUCACCCAAAGCUCCUGGAACAGUUAUAGCUUCUGUACCAGCAUCUAGCUCCACUUCAUUCUCAACCCUUGCACCAACCUCAUCACCUGCAACACCAGCAGACCUGACAACUCCAUCAGUCUCUGCAACACCAACAGCUUUUGCACCACCGUCCUCCACCACACCAUCAUCAAUCUCUGCACAACCACCAGCCCUGGAAACACCAACAUCCUCUGCUUCACCAGCCACAACUCAAGCUUCAUCAUCCGGGACUGUAGAGAAAUGUGAUAUAUCCAUCACAGAACAAGACACUCCUCCUGGAUCCACUUGGAGAAACUGCUGCCAAGUUAAAAAGGUGCCAGGAUGCAUCAAGGAUGUGUCAGAUUUGCGGUGGCAGAUUGCCACUACUCUUCUCAGAGAUUCAGGUAAGUUAUGCAAUACAUGCAAUACAGUAAUUGAAAAUAAAUAUGACUGCACUAGUUGUCAUUGCUGAGAUUGUGCUGCAAAUGAAAACUGAUGUGGUCAUCAUUACCUUGUUUCAAAAUAAUUUUGCAAUAUUUGGACA